GCCCGGCUUCAUCCGGCUGGCUGACAUCUACAAGCUGACGCCCUCGACUGGCCUGCCGCUGGUCAUGUCGGCCCAGUGGAUGGCGGCCCACCUGGCCACCAAGGCCGACUUCCACACCAUGCCCCUCGCCCUUCGCCAGUACAGCACAUUCGGCCACCUCCUCAACUACAAAGGGACCAGUCUGGCGCUCACAAAGGUGGAUGAGGCCGACGAUGGCGGUGAGGGCAAGAAGGAGUCCGAGAGGGUGGACGGAGAGGAGGGGGAGGGGGACGGUGGGGUGACGCGGCAGCGGUAUACCAUCGGAAGCGGCCAGCGAGAGUGGCGGUUUGAGACGGUGCCCAAGUCCGGCCUCCCUGCCCGCCACCCCUACCGCCGCACAUACGACCCCCACAACCCGCCCAUCGGCUGCCGGGACGUGCUCUUCCCCUCGUUCACGGCCUUCAUCCGACGGAUGGCGUUGCUGGAGUGGUAUAACCAAGGGGGGGUGGGAGAGAAGGAGGUAUUCGAGGCGAGGGAAGGCGAUGGCUUUGAGCGGUAUCGGUCGCUGCUGACCGGUCCCAUCGACGACCACAAGACCGUCGACUGCAUCUGGGAGCCGAAUGACGAGCGGGAGCGAUUUAUCAUCCUCAAGGGCAUGAAGGAAGGCGACGCCGUCGUGGCCUACCUGUGGGUGGACAGCGACCGCAUCACUCUCUACACGACCGAGGCGGAGCUCGAGGGCCACACGCGGCUCUCUGACCGAUUCCCCAUCGCGAUGUCAUUGGCCCGCACCUUGUUGAAAGAACACGGCUUUCAGUGCAUCGAGGUCACGGAUAGCAAUCAGUCUGACACUGUGUGUGUGCUUGUGCUUCGACCCGCCCCCUCCUGACCACGCACCGAUUCGCCCAGAUCAUGCCGCAGUAGAGGAGAGCACGUAGAAUCGUAGAGGCCGGUGGGCGGUGGAGGGCUGAUCGCCCCACAGAGAUCCCAAUGACUGGAUGGGAUGGAGGGGCCACGUGGGCUAUCGGUGGAUGCCGUGGCAGAUGGAUUAUGUAUUUGCCGCAUUGUGUGCGCAUGGUGGACUGCCUGUGUGUGCCGUGCAAUUUCGAUCAUCUUUCAAUGCGUGGGCAAGUCAU